AUGGAGGUGCCUGCGGCAGUGAGGAAAAAGACUGACGCUUUCUUCGACUUCGAUGAGUUGGAGGCAUGCGGGCCAAUUAAGCAAGGCGAGCUUCUCAGCGAAAAACGCCGGGACGACGCUCACUUAGACUUUGAUGAGAUGGAGGAAGCCAAGAAAUCCGAAAGCCGAAGCUCGUGCAGGAUGUUGGAACCUGGCCAACGAGUGGUCAUCGAAGGGCUGAAGACGCACAAUGCAUUCAACGGCCUCCGCGGGAUCAUCGAGCUCUUCGACGAGGCCACAGGCCGUUACAACGUGCAGCUCGGAUCCGAUAUUGCACAGACCGCAAAGAUCAAGGGCGAGAACCUUCGAGCGCUGGUGCUGCAGGAGCCCAAAGCGUCUCCGUUGGGAGAAUGUGUCGAUGCGUCCUGGAUGUGGCCGCGUCGCAUUCGUACAUCCCAAACUGCUACUGAUGUUAUCUUAAGCAUCGACCACGAGCUUGAUCAGACAGCGAGCAAGGACCUGUCCGCUCGCCGUGGUACGUUCAAGAACUUCAUUCUCAAGUGGCGUCCGGACAAGUACCCCGAUGAUGAGGCUUUUGCUGGAAAGGUCUUCCGCUACCUGAUGUCCCGACGUGAUCGAUAUCUGGAUCCGAGGCUGUGUUGA